GCGCGCCAACCGCACUCGGAAGGAUCUCGGCGCCGGUUUCGUCCUGCGAUCAGAGGCGCUGCUCUCUCGGCGUCGUCUCGGAAUUGCCGAUAAGGACCUUGGAUUUAUUCGGUGCGAUUUAAUUGAUAGUGUUUGUACCCGCGAGAUGUGUUCGCCUGUUUCGUAAAAAUUUGUGCCAAGCGAUAAAAAUGGUUGAUAACAGUUGCGUUAUCGAAGGGACUGUUAAAUUCCGCGAUGGGAAAAAGUGGAAAUCGAGAUGGUGCGUCAUGAGGAAAUUAUCACCAGUUGCAGACUGUUUACACCUGCAGCUCUACAGAGACUCCAAAGAUAGGUACAAACAAGGCCAAACCAAAGCAUCCCUUUCUCUGGAACAUUUCCUCGGCCUGGAGACUGGUUUUACAUUAGAUAAGGAAUCACAUACGGUAGCUAUAUUAUGCCAGGACGUCGUCGUAGUACUCGCCUUCGACAAUCGGGAGAGGCUCAUGCAAUGGCAGGUGAAAUUAAGUUCGCACCUGAACGACGGACCCCACUUCCUGGUCCUAGUGUCUUCCUCGCCGUCGAAGUCCCGGCUGCCCCCGGGCCCGGCCCGCCUCCACGUCCAGGAGCGCGGCUUCUGUCUGACGACGGGAGUGCCGCCGCGGGUGGCCGGUCAGUGGCUUAUUAGUAAUUUAAGGCGCUACGGCGUGGUGGAGGGCCGGUUCUGCUUCGAAGGCGGCUCCAGGUGCAUCAAGGGCGAGGGCCUCUACGUGCUCCUCACCGACCAGGGCGAGGAGAUAACCACCACGCUGAGGGCGGCUUCCGUAGGGAAUCUGCAUGCGUCGCGGCGCCGGCCUGUGUCUAGAAACAUGUCGGUUAUGGAUAGUCCUCGUCGAGGUCCUAUGAGAGCGACGGGAGGUAUCGGGCUCGAAUUGAGCGAAUCUUCUUUGAUUUCUCGCGCAGACUCCCCCUAUACCGACAUGGAAAGCAAUUAUGGCUGUGGUGAUAGUAUAUCAAACGAUGGUUGGGGUCCGCCGCCUAUCGAGCGAUGCAUGAGCUGUAUUAGUAAAUUAGGUGCAAUGUCUAGGUCUUCGACUGCUACUGUGACCAUCGAAACGCCCUGUUGGGAGCACAUCUGCGAUCGCCAUUCGAUCAGCAGCAGCUCCGACAGCAGCGGCUGGAGCCAGGCUGUUACCAAACCACCGGCUAGACCUCCGAAGCCCGGCACCGGGUCUCCUAACGUGAAAAAACCCGCCGCUCCGCCGCCUCAACCGUCCUACGAUAAUUACGACAUUCCUAAAAUACCUUACCCUGUGGAAUCAAAAGCCGAGGAAUUGUACGAUACACCGCGUAAAAUAAAGGAAUGCAUUCAAGGUUUCGGGUUCGAUACGGUGCAGAAACCUUGCGGUUGCGUGGUGAGGAUUCGCCAGCCGGAGCCCGACAGGCCGUGCGUCUGCCAGCGCCUGAUGUCCUGCUGGUCCGGCCCAGAAGACGUCCACGCCAUCUACGCCACGGUGGACUACUCGAAGAAGACCCACCGCCAACAGCCGGUCGCCACGGCGGCGAAUUACGCCAACCUGGCGCCGGCGCCGACAACGACCACGGCUCCGACGUCCACCAAUUACGAAAACAUGGAAUUUGCUCAAACCCUCCAACUGUACGAGAACAGCAAAGAGAUCGCCGACAAGGCGAAAACGUUGUGCACGAAGUGCGGCCACGCUCAAGAAGACUACCUCAUGAUGGAGCCAUCGAAUAAACCGUCGCAACCCCAUCCCGGCUACAUACCGAUGUCGCCGGCCGUCAAACAACGAUUAGGCAAAAUCCUGUCCAAUAGCAAUCCGAAUUUGGGUCCGGUUCUGGACCGGUCCAACAAACCAUCCGGCUCCUCCAUGCUGCAAGGCACCAUCUACCAGCGCAAGCAACUCCUAGACAACGUCGAUAACUUGGACGUAAGAAGGAAGCGAUCGAACUCCGCGGAUUCCUCGACCAGCCGAUUCGAGCCCGAACCGGAGCCGGACACGUCGCCGUGCCAUUGCAACCACCAAACCAUCGCCGUGCGUCGCUCCUCCUCGGUCCCGUGCAAGUCCAACCGCGACUCGUCGAGCUCCAACGAUUCGGGCGUGUUCGAGCUGCCCCGGAAACAACCCGCCUGCGCCAACCAGACGCUGCCCAGGCGAUCCAAGUCGUCGGACCCGCUCCGCGACCUCACGUUCCAGUUCGCCAAGAGCGAGGCGAAGUCGGCGAGCGCCGAGGCCGAGGUGCCGGUGUGCCCGAACGGCUCGACCAGCAGCGGCACCUCCGACAUGUCGGACUACUUCGAGACGCUGUCGCUGUCGUCGCACAGCUCCGGCGACGCGCCGCCGCCCAGCUGCACGCUGAGGCCGCGCUCCGGCAACGAAUAUCUGACGAUGCAAAGACUUAUCGCGCCCGUGCCCGAGGAGCGACACUAAACUAGUCUACUUAGAAGCAAUAAAUUUUUGGAUAGUAUUCUAGUACAAUAUACAUAUUACUAAUAUUAUGUCUGUAACCUUUUUUCUGUAUAAAAGUAUUUACUUUAUAAAAUAAAUUAUUCAUCAUU